AUGAGUAGCUUUUCGUCGUUGGCGACUGUUCGUCUGCCGUCGGUCUGUCGACUCCUUGAAUCUGCAUGUUGCCCUGACAAGGACCUAUUGGUUUUGGUUUCUCGUCUUGGUGGUCGAGAUCGUAUCAGCCUCUGGAAAAUGAAUGGCGCGAAAGCUUGGGAAGUCGAUGUUGCAGCUGACAACAACUCAAGCGAUCAUGUUGUUGGCCUUGCUUGGAGUCCAGAUGGACAAAGCAUUGCUGUAGUUCAUGACCCUCCUCGGGUAACCCUUCAUUCCCUUCAGGAUGGCCAUGAAGAACGCACUCUCUCAAUUCCAACAAGUGACCGUGUGAAGAACGUCUGGUGGUUUCGCGCAGAAAAGACUGUCGAAGUCAAAGCCGUACCUGAUAUCCUCAAAAGAAAUGGAUUGAUACCAGGAUCAUCGCACUCGAUUCUCAAGACAUUACCCCUCCUUGAUAGUCUCCAAGAAGAUUCGCAAAAGCUCACUGCGACCGAUUUAUUUGCCUUUCAAGGGUCACAUACGAAGUCGAACCAGAAGACACCUCUCCCAGAGGUGAUCAAUACCUGGCCCAUCUUAGAUUCCGAUCCUGCAGUCGCCUCGAUGAGCUCCAGAGUAAAGCCAGUCGAUUCAACCAAUAAGCAUUUGGAUGUCCCGGAUGAAGCCAACCUGGAUAGUAUUUUGGUCGUGACAGACGAUUCUGGUCGGGCCCAUUUCUUUCUUGACGGAAGCUAUAACCUCGGGGCAAUCCACCUGGGCGCAAAUAUUUCCAUUCCUUCGCUUUCCAAAGUCCCACAAGAACCCGAUUUCAUCGUUCAUGUCCAGUCCGCUGCUCAUGAUCUUUCCUCGACUCCCCUCUCUCCGCGCUACCUCAAAUUACCCAUGCUGAAGCAACGUUAUGUCCGCGACAUGGCUAGAUUAUCCACAACGUCACGAGAACUCGUCUGGUAUUGCAUGCGUGUGGUUAAAGAAAUGCGAGUUGCCUGGUUUGGAUCAGAAAAUCUUAGUGGAGCUAGGGAAAUUGGGCCUCAAUUCAUACGUUCACUGGAGAACAGGCAAACCGAGCACUUCGGUCAGCAAGAGCCGACGGCAAUACUUGAUCUAACAUACCUUCUUCUGACGAGGCGCGGCUCUGAGUCGCUGAACGACUUCCUUGGCAGUGGUGACCAGAUGAGCGAACGGGGUAUUCAAAAAUGGGAGUCCUCGAUGACAGAGGCUUUGACAAAGCUACGAGACUACUCGGAGAAGCGAGUGGCUCCAGCGUGUCAAAGAUUGCAUCUUGUCCUUGAAGAGGCCCUCGGUUGGUCGAUGUUAGCAAUUUUCAUUGCGACAUGGCUGGCAGCUAUUGCGCGUCGGGAACUUUUCAGAUUCAAGGAAUUCAUCACGUGGCUUCGUGAUGCGAUAUCGUUUACCACAUUAACCGGUGACUUCCAGUAUCAGCAUCGUCACGAUACACUAGAAGUUAACAACUACUUGACCGCUGGCUUGGUCGUCAGCUCCAUCGACAAAUGGUUCAUGGGUCCAGUUCCACAAUUCAAUCCUCAAGAUUUCGGAGUUCUUGCUGGAGUGCCUGAUUUAAGAUCUGCCCUCGACCGAGUCUACACUCCGCUGGACCCAGCCGCUAUCGCGUCACAAAAUGACCUGAAUCAUUUGGACCGAAAUUUGGAUGCUUUAAUACAGGAAAUAGCCACCAGAUGCCAACGAAUAUUCGACCGUGCAGCGGGGGCGACAUCACGGUAUGCUUCAAUUUCGGCCCAACAAAGCCAGGCGACAGCAGCGAGGCUUCCCCAAAUGGCCAUUCGUGAGCGGAUGAUUUCAGAGGAUAGUGGCUUUGUUGAAUAUCUCGUUUCGCACACCCGAGCGGAAUCGUCAGAUCGGACAUUGUUGUGUUUAGCGCGACUACGCUUCGAUGGUGAUACUUCGCACAAGCCCUCCGUCGGCGUUGUGCUUCUGGAUGGAACUCUUCCUGGAGAAGGCAAGGCAGUAAUCGUCGAUGCCCAGUUCUUCGACGACCAGUUACUCGUGGUUGUCUACCGCGUUUCAGACGUGCCAUUCAUGGCGACGGUGGGUUACAGUGAACUAGACUAUGAAGAAUUGGAUCCAGAAGGGUAUACGACGCGCGAAGAUGUGAUGCAGCGAGCCCUUGAAAUGGAACAAGGCCAACUUGCUCCGAUACCGAUUAAGGAACAGCGACGGUUGGUCCACGGGGCUGGGGCUGUGUCGCUGGCAUUAAAUGGGCGUGUAGGGAGGAGAGUGGCUUGCCUACUUGAUGGCGCGGGGACUAACAUGGAAAUGCUCGAUUUGGAGACCGAUCAAGUAGAGGAGGAUGAAGUUGAAGAAUAG